GAUCUAUCCCUGGAGGAAACUUGGAGAAAUUGGAAAGUGACACAUGCUAAAGAAUACCCUGAGGGGGAAGAGCCUGUCCAGAGAGAAAUCUGGGAGAAAGCUCUACAGAUGAUUGAGAAGCAUAACCACGAGGCUUCCCAGGGAAAACACACCUAUGAGCUCAGCCUGAAUCAGUUCAGUGAUUUGACCAAUGAAGAGUUUGACCAACUGAAUGGUUACUUUCCUGACCUGGAGGAAGAUUACAAGAAUGUGACCAUAUUCCAAGAAUCGGCCACCCUGGAAACUCCUAGGGAGGUGGACUGGCGCAGAAAAGGUUAUGUCACCCCUGUGAAGAACCAGGGUGCCUGCGGGUCUUGCUGGGCAUUCAGUGCCACCGGAGCCCUGGAAGGUUUGCAUUUCAAGAAGACCAGAAAGCUGAUCUCCCUGAGUGAGCAGAACUUGGUCGAUUGCUCUUGGAAGCAAGGCAACAAGGGAUGCAAUCAUGGCCAAUCAUCUCAGGCCUUUCAGUAUGUCAUAGAUAACAAGGGAAUCAACUUGGAGAGCACCUAUCCUUAUGAGAAGAAGGUAGGAUCAUGUCGCUACAAGAGCGACAGGGUCGCAGCUCGGUGCACGUCCUACAGUGAAGUAGAGCGUCGAAACCUCCGAGCUCUGGAACAAGCAGUAGCCAGCAUUGGUCCAAUUUCUAUUUCGAUUGAUGCCAGCAGCGAACAGUUCAAAAGUUACAAGAAUGGUAAGAUGUCCUUUGAGAAAGACACAAAUCUUCCCUUUGGGUGCUUCCAAUGUGGUUGA